CGUCAACUCAGAACGAACUUACGAACGAAGACUCACCCACUCGGACACGGACUUGCUUUCUUCUUCAUCAUCACGAGUUCCUUCAUCGGAGUAGUUCUCCAUCUCCGUCGAGCUUUCCGGAAAUGAAUUCGAAUCACCUGCUCCUCGAGGAGCCGAUACGGAUGGCUUCGAUCCUCGAGCCGUCGAAGCCGACUUUCUUUCCGGCAAUGACAAAGAUUGUUGGGACGCUUGGUUCAAAAUCACAGUCGGUCAAUGUGAUCUGCAGUUGCUUGAAUGCUGGAAUGUCAGUGGCAAGAUUUGAUUUCUCCUGGGGCGAUGCUGACUUUCAUCAAGAAACAUUGGAAAAUUUGAAGAUGGCUGUCAAGAGCACAAAGAAGCUCUGUGCAGUUAUGCUUGAUACUGUGGGCCCAGAAUUGCAAGUAGUAAAUAAAACUCAGCACCCCAUUACUCUUCAGGCAGAUUCCUCCCUCGUCCUAACUCCUGAUCAAAGCAAGGAGGCCACUUCAAAUUCGUUGCCAAUAAAUUUCAGUGGACUGUCAAAGGCAGUUAAAAAGGGCGACACCGUAUUCAUUGGUCAGUAUUUGUUCACAGGAAAUGAAACUACUUCCGUGUGGCUGGAGGUAACGGAUGUGAUUGGGGAAGACGUGGUUUGUCUCGUAAAGACCUCUGCUACACUAGCAGCAUCACUAUAUGUUCUUCAUGUCUCCCAAAUUCGGAUUGAUUUGCCAACACUAACCGACAAAGAUAAGGAGGUCAUAAGCACAUGGGGGGUCCGGAACAAUAUAGAUUUCCUCUCACUGUCACAUACACGACAUGCAGAAGACAUUCGCCAGGCACGUCAAUUUCUAUCCAAAUGGGGUGAGCUCAGUCAGACUCAGAUUUUUGCGAAGAUUGAGAAUUUUGAGGGGUUAAAUCACUUUGAUGAGAUCCUACGAGAAGCAGAUGGCGUCAUAAUAUCCCGUGGAAAUUUGGGAGUUGAUCUCCCACCAGAGAAGGUAUUUCUUUUUCAAAAGGCUGCUGUUUACAAGUGCAACAUGGCUGGAAAGCCUGUAAUUGUCACUCGUGUCGUGGAUAGCAUGACUGAUAACCUUAGACCAACUCGUGCUGAAGCAACUGAUGUUGCCAAUGCAGUUUUGGAUGGUAGCGAUGCAAUUCUUCUUGGCGCAGAAACUCUGCGUGGAUUGUAUCCUGUUGAGACAAUUUCGAUUGUUGGAAAGAUUUGUGCUGAAGCAGAGAAAGUUUUUAAUCAUGAUCUUUACUUCAAGAAGACUGUAAGAUAUGUAGGGGAGCCGAUGUCCCAUUUGGAAUCAAUUGCUUCCUCCGCGGUCCGAGCAGCCAUCAAGGUGAAAGCUUCGGUUAUAAUAUGCUUCACUUCUUCGGGAAGAGCUGCGAGAUUGAUUGCCAAGUACAGGCCUACAAUGCCUGUGAUAUCUGUUGUCAUUCCUCGUCUCCAGACAAAUCAACUUAAGUGGACUUUUAGUGGUGCAUUUGAGGCAAGGCAAUCUCUCAUUGUUCGGGGUCUUUUUCCCAUGCUUGCUGAUCCCCGCCACCCAGCUGAAUCGACAAGCACGACAAACGAGUCUAUUCUCAAGGUUGCUCUCGACCAUGGCAAGGCAUCGGGAAUCAUAAAGGCGCAUGACCGUGUUGUUGUAUGCCAGAAAGUCGUGGAUGCAUCUGUUGUGAAGAUUCUCGAGCUUGAAGAUUAGGAAAUAACCGUGUAAACUCUUCAUGAUCUACCUGUUUCGCAUUUACUGUGGUUUUAACUACUUUUUUGGGAUGGCACGUGUGGACUACUAGUGCUAAUCGGGCCUAAUUCUCGAGUAUGUUCCAUUUGAGCGCUUGUGCAGUCCAUGAGAUCGGAAUUGCUUCAAAUUCACGUCUUCCACAAUCCUUGGGAGGUACAGACACAGAUGGAAGUAAAGAUCAGUUUGCGACUC